CUGGGUCAGCUGGGAGAAAGGCAGAGAGAAUGGCGGAGUCCGGGACCCUGCCCCCUGGCUUCGGGGAGCUGGAGGUGCUGGCCGUGGGGACGGUGCUGCUGGUGGAAGCUCUUUCUGGCCUCAGCCUAAACAUCCUGACCAUCCUCUCUUUCUGCAAGACCCCAGAGCUGCGGACCCCCAGCCACCUGCUGGUGUUGAGCUUGGCGCUGGCCGACACUGGGAUCAGCCUGAAUGCCCUCGUUGCAGCCACGUCCAGCCUCCUCCGGCGCUGGCCCUACGGCUCAGAAGGCUGCCAGGCCCACGGCUUCCAGGGCUUCGCCACCGCACUGGCCAGCAUCUGCAGCAGCGCAGCCAUCGCCUGGGGGCGCUAUCACCACUUCUGCACCCGUAGGUCUCCGGGUUCCGCGUGCCGAGGGGGUCAGAGCGAAGGCAGCCGACUGGACUGGAACACGGCCGUCUCCCUGGUGCUCUUCGUAUGGCUGUCUUCUGCUUUCUGGGCGGCGCUGCCCCUCCUGGGCUGGGGCCACUAUGACUAUGAGCCGCUGGGGACCUGCUGCACCCUGGACUAUUCCAGGGGGGACAGAAACUUCACCAGCUUCCUCUUCACCAUGGCCUUUUUCAACUUCCUCCUGCCCCUUUUCAUCACAGUCGUAUCCUAUCGGCUCAUGGAGCAGAAACUCGGGAAGACCAGCCGUCCCCCGGUGAACACCGUCCUGCCAGCCAGGACGCUGCUGCUCGGCUGGGGCCCCUACGCGCUCCUGUAUCUGUACGCCACCAUCGCGGAUGCAACCUCCCUCUCCCCCAAGCUGCAGAUGGUGCCUGCUCUCAUUGCCAAGACAAUGCCCACAGUCAACGCCGUGAACUAUGCCCUGGGCAGUGAGAUGGUGCACAGGGGCACCUGGCAGUGCCUUUCGCCACAGAGGAGAGAGCGCAGCCGGGAGCAGUGAGCCUCGCUGGGGGGCUGCCCAGACCCAGGCCCACCCAGGCCGUCCUGGACUGAGCCCCUGCCUGGGGAGUCCUGUCCAGCAGCCUCAGGAGCCAGGCUCCAGACACUCACCCUUCAUCCCCGAUGGCCCUUUGAGCCUGGCCCAAGGCCAGACACAGGGAAUUCAGAGAAAAACCAGAAUGCAUGGAACGAGCCUGGACUUUGGAGCCACACGGACCUGUGUUGGCCAUAGCUCUCCACAUAGAGGCUGAAAGAUCUUGGAAAAGUCACACUCUCUGAACUCAGCUUCCUGGCCCCUAACGUAAGGAUGUUAAUAUGGACAUUGGGUCUGCCAUGAAGCUUGAACGUGAUAGCGUAUACUCACAUGCACAUAGACGCUGCUGCCCAUUAGUAUAGCUCUUAGGAUUCAGAGACUUACAUAGAAAGGGGUGCAAGUCCAGGUUUGUCUGUGGGAGCUCAACCCAGGCUGCCGGCAUUCAAACACCUCUUAUUAAAUCGUGAUCUCGUACAGGUGACUU